UACAAUUAAAAAUGUUACUCUAUCUUUAAGAUAUAAAACUGCUUUGAUUGAAAAAUUAAUUCCCAAUAUAUUCAACGUUUUGCAUCAAGUUCUUUGAAUGAAACUUCUUUUGCACAAUCUAUAUGUCAUGCAUAUCUACAAAUAUCCAAUGAAUAAUUUAUGAAAAUCACUGCAAACCUCUUCGUAGUUUUCACUAUACGUUUGAUAAUUUCAAAGAAGUAAUUUUACUUGUUUUUAUAGUUUUCUUAUGCUAACAAUCAUGCAUAAUAUAAUAAUUUCAUAAAACAAUUGCUGAAUCUCACAUUAUUCUGUUGCAUUGUUGUUCUUUCAUCUUGUCAAAAUUUGUGAACUGAAUUUUAGGAUUUAGAACAUUAAUGAAAUCAAACGAGGAUGAAGAAAAGGAAUAUCAAUGCAAUGAAUGUGAAAAAAGAUUCAAGUAUAAACAUAUUUUGGAAAAUCAUAUCAGAAUUCAUACUAAAGAAAAACCGUUUGUUUGCAAUAUUUGCGGAAAACGAUUUUCACAGUCUGGAAUUUUAAUAAAUCACAGAAAACUACAUUCAGAAGAAGGAAAAUUUAAAUGCAAUUAUCAAAACUGCACGUACGAUACUAGAUAUAAAUGGAAUUUGCUAAGACACGUGAAAAAAACACAUUUAAAAGCAAAAUUAUCUCAAAAUGAAUCAAAAGAAAGAAAGUAUAGAUGUGACUCCUGUACAAAAAGUUUUAAACUUCCAUCUGAUUUAAAACAGCACAUGCUUUCUCAUUCAAAGGAACGUCAAUAUUCAUGCGAUAUUUGUAAAAGGAAGUUCAGAUAUAAAUUUAAUUUAAAUCAACACAAUAAACGCAAGCAUGCACAACAAGAAAAUGGAUCUUUCUCCAAAGAUAGCAUACAACAUGCUGAACAAGUGCAGGCUAAAUCGUUUCAAACACCAUCAACAAGUGCUCAAGCAACAGGGUUAAGUGAAUUCGAAGAAGUAGCUUCAAGAGAGAUUAUUUUUACACCAAGAGCUGAAGAAUUUCUUGAACACUUUGACAUCGAUUCAGAAAUUAUGCAAAUGGAAACAUUCCCACAGAUGGAACUCUUCUCAGAAACACUCGAUAUGAUAAGCCCUUACGAAAGCAUACAACAAGCUGAACAAGUGCAGGCUGAAUCGUUUCAAACACCAUCAACAAAUGCUCAAGCAACAGGGUUAAUUGAACUGGAAGCAGUUGCUCCAAGAGAAACUAUUUUUACACCAAGAGAAGUUGAAGAAUUCCUGGAACACUUUAACAUAGAUUCAGAAAUUAUGCAACUUGAAACAUCCUCACAAAUGGAACUGUUCUCACAUAUAGAAACAGAAGAUAAUAAAUUUGAAUGUCAAUUCUGUAAAGAACAAUUCUCUAACGAAAUUUCUCGAAAUGAACACGAAAGAAACUUUCAUCACUUUAAUUAAUUUUGACAAAUAUCGGAAGGUUGCGAAUGUUUUGUAUUUUAUAAUGGAAUCAAAAUUGAAUUAUCGAAAAAUUAUUCUUAGUUAGAGUAUAUUUAUAUGUAAAAAUACUGCGAAAAAUUUACGUUGAGUUUAAUUUAUUCUAAUAACUAUUUGAUAAAAAAA